UCAAAGAUCUGUUCAUUUUUAAAUGUGAUAACGAUGUAUCAGGCGCGGGAAUCUACCCAACACCCUCAAUGUAGGAACAUUCUUUUAUAAAUUACGGAUACGCGAAGAAGGAGCAUCAUAGUUUACGAUGAGCUGGCAACAGAUAUUCGUUGGCUUAUUAGCUGUAACCGUUUUCGGCAACCAAGUUCAAGGUCGUGUUCUUGAAAAUGGCGCACAUCACAGGAACAUCAGAGAUGUGGGUGAAGAAGGAGGCCAAGUUUCUGAACACAACGAUGAUGCUGCGGAUCAUGAAACUGCCGGUGGUUUGACCGUCGAUGGAGGCGAUCAUGGAGAUCAGGCCAGCCAUCAAAUCAAUGGAAUCACUGUAGUUGAAGAGGGGUCGGAUCAUCAUGAUGAUGAGGGUUACGGAAAACAUAAAAAUCACGUACAUCGCGAUGAUCAUCAUGGAAGUCACGAAGAUCAUGAAGCACAUGAAAAUCGUGAAAGACACAGUCAUCACGGGCUUCACCAUGAUGAUCACCCAUGUCAUCAUGAGCAUCAUCAUGGACAUCACGACAGUCACGAAGAUCACGGGCAUCAUCACGACAGUCACGAAGAUCACGGGCAUCAUCACGACAGUCACGAAGAUCACGGACAUCAUCACGACAGUCACGAAGAUCACGGGCAUCAUCACGACAGUCACGAAGAUUACGGGCAUCAUCACGACAGUCAUGAAGAUCACGGACAUCAUCACGACAGUCACGAAGAGGACCACAGCUCCGUAGAAGAAUAAUAAUUUCAAAAUGGUGUAUUUUUACUACAUUUUUGUUUCAGAAGCAAUCUCUGUUAUUUAAAACAUGUUUUUCGAUUGUCAUCAAGCUAAAUAAUUUAUUUUAUUUCCGAAGUGGAUAUACAGGUCCUCUUGCCUGUUUUUUUCAGGAUUCGUUGUCUUAUGGAGCAGAAGUAUUACCCUGUCCCCACAGAAAUGAAAGCAGCAAAGGAAUCGAGAAAUAAAAAAUUGAAAAUACA